GAAUUCCAAUAAGAACAACUCUUGAUAACUCCACAACAGUCCAGUACGCAGGUCUUCUUCACCAGCUCACCAUGACAGCUAGGAGCACAGUGAGAGAGAUUGAUCCCCAAAAUGAUCUAACCUUCCUUAGGAUCAGAACAAAGAAACACGAAAUUAUGGUAGCUCCAGAUAAGGAGUAUCUCCUGAUCGUUAUUCAGAACCCAUGUGAAUAG